CUGCUAUGAUGACCACAACGGCAAAUGCAUGAGACGAUGGGAGGCGGGCUUUUGCGACUACACGGACGACAAAGCCUGUCAUCUCCAGCCUUCUCAUUGGCCCUGUACCUGCUGUGCCUCUUGCGAAGGACCGAACCAGAACAACAGCUGCCAGCAACAAGGAAAUAACUGCCGGAGGUCCUGCAGAAAGGAUGAGUAUUUCGUCUGGUGGCACAGCUGUUCACACCAAAAUUGCAGGUGCUGCCGAAAAUACUGCCAGGAGGACACAUGUGCCAACGGGAAGGGCCGUUGCUUGCACAAGUCCCACAAACGCCCCAGGGGAUGGUAUCCUUACGGAUCCUGCAAGGGACUCGACUGCAUGUGCUACGUCCCUUGCUCCUACAGCAGAGAAUGCAACAGGAACGGCGGUUUCUGCGAAUGGAAGGGCGCCAGGUGUCCUUUGGGAUACACAGAAGACAACUGCAAGUGUCACGAGGAUGCUUGUAGGUGCUGUAGUGUUGUCACAGGACCAAACGUUCCUGGCGGUGACGAUGGCGUUAUCAAGGUCAGGGCAAGCAACCACAUGGAGGUGGAGUUUGCAGGAGGUCGCGGGUCUAGAGGCGACGCCGUAGCAGAGCCUAAGCCUAUGGACGAAGCUGCAGCCCAGUCCCUGCAGGAAGAGAACGCCUCGAAGGUUGAUGGCGCUGCGGGUCCAGAAUCAGGACCUUCAGAGCAUUAAGAAGAAGAAGCAGCAGCUCUGUAGUGGAAGCUGGGUUGAUAGGCAUAGGGAUGGGGUCAGCCAAACAUUGUGAAGAUCCUCUAAGGCUUCUAAAGUUCAUUCAGUCGAGGACUGCUGACCCAUAUUAAGCAUAGCAUAUGUUACAAUGAAUUAUCCCUCACUAAUGCUAAGUUUAUUUCAUCAGAGCUUGACUGUUCAAUAUUAGGUUGCCUACAAAUUUAACAACAGAGUAAAUAAACAUAUAUUACAAUGAAUUAUCUCUUGCUAAUGAUAAAAUUAAUUCAUAAGAGGAUUGCUGCUCCAUAUUAAGUUGUCUACCCAUUUAACAAUAGAGUGAAAAAAAAAUGUUUAAAUAUCAUUUGAUACGGUGAAAUGCACCCUCUUAAUGGUUGUAAAAUUAUGGCAGUUAAUAUAAUUACUUAAACACCACCAAA